UCGGCCAAGGCCCCUUCCUCCUGCAGCUGGUGCCGUGGGGCCGCCGCGCCGCGCCGCGCGUCACCGUCUCCAUGGCCCGGGAGGGAUCGGAGCGCAGAGAAAACAGAACUCAGAACCAGGACAAGCCCUUCUACGGGGGCGGAGUGACCUCAGCAGCCACCUGCAGCCUAUCUAUUACCAGCUCCCACUGCUGUACUGGAUGCAGAAAGACCACGAUCCAUCCCAUGUUUUGACCACUUUCCCGGGAUUCCAUGGCCACACCAUCCUAUAAGUCCUUGACCCCCCACUUCCCGGACCCGCCCUGGCCUCAUGACCCCUGACCUGAAUAACCUCCCUGGACCUUGACCCCUGUGACUGUUCUUCCCAUUUACCCCCUACCCCCUCUCCCCUUGGGAUUCUGUGGGUCUGGGCCUCCACAGGAAGAUGUGGGGGAGGCUCUGGCCCUUCCUUCUGAGCUUCCUCACAGCCACAGCAGUUGCCGGCCCCUCGCUGCGGAGAUCUUCCAGGGAGCUGGAUGCUAUCCCGCGACUGACCAUCUCCCAUGACGAGCUCGUUGGGAUUCCAUAUUUCAAGGGCCCAGCCCUGAACUAUUCAACCCUGCUGCUGGAGGAGGGCUCUGCUCGGCUGCUGGUGGGGGCCCGAGGGGCCCUGUUCUCUCUCAACACCCAGAACAUCUCAGACGGGACACACAAAGAGAUCCUUUGGGAAGUCUCCCCAGAGAUGCAAAGUAUAUGUCAACUGAAAGGGAAAAACAACCUUACCGAGUGCUUCAACCACGUGCGCUUCCUUCAGCGGCUCAAUGCCACCCACUUCUAUGUCUGCGGGACUCAUGCCUUCCAGCCCCUUUGUGCCGCCAUUGAUGCUGAAGCCUUCACUUUGCCAGCCAGCUUUGAGGAGGGGAGGGAGAGGUGUCCUUAUGACCCAGCCCGUGGCUUCACAGGCCUCAUCAUCGAUGGAGGCCUCUAUAUAGGCACCCGGUACGAAUUCCAGAGCAUCCCUGACAUCCGCCGGAGCCGCCACCAGUAUACCCUGAAAACAGAGGAGGCGCCGAUGCGCUGGCUCACUGAUGCAGAGUUUGUGUUCUCCGUCCUGGUCCUGGAAAGCAAGGCCAGUGCAGUGGGUGAUGAUGACAAGGUUUACUACUUCUUCAUGGAGCGAGCUAUUGAUGAAGGAUAUGUCAACUUUCCUCAGAGCCGCAGCAGCCACCGUAUAAACCGGGUGGCCCGUGUGGCCCGUGUGUGCAAGGGAGACAUGGGAGGGAAGAAGAUUCUGCAGAAGAAGUGGACCUCCUUCUUAAAGGCGCGUGUCUUCUGCCACAUUCCACAGUACGAGACGCUGCGCAGUGUCUGCAGCCUGGAUGCUGAUACAGCAGCCCGCACACGCUUCUAUGCAGUCUUCAUGCUAAGCACACAGUGGAAGACUCUGGAGGCCUCAGCGAUUUGCCGCUACGACCUGGCUGAUAUGCAGGCUGUUUUCACAGGCCCCUACCUGGAGUACCAGAAUAAUGGUCGACGCUGGGGCCUCUAUGAAGGCGCAGUGCCAGAGCCCCGGCCUGGCUCGUGCAUCACAGACUCAUUGCGCAGCCAAGGCUACAACUCAUCACAGGACCUGCCGAGCACAGUCCUGGAGUUUGUGAGGGUGCACCCACUGAUGGCACGGCCAGUGCCACCCACACGUGGACGGCCCCUCCUGCUCAAGCGCAACGUGCGUUACACACACCUCAUCGGAACACCUGUCACCACGCCUGCAGGAACCACCUAUGACCUGCUCUUCCUAAGCACAGCUGACGGCUGGAUCCACAAGGCCGUGGUCCUGGGUUCUGGAGUGCACAUUAUUGAAGAGAUACAAGUCUUCAAGGAGCCCCAGUCUGUGGAGAAUCUGGUCAUCUCUCCAAUGCAGCAUAGCCUCUAUGUGGGGGGCUCUAGUGGAGUCAUCCAGCUACCACUAUUCGUCUGCUCCCGCUAUCACUCCUGCUAUGACUGCAUUCUGGCCCGGGACCCCUACUGUGGCUGGGACCCCAGCACUCACGCCUGCACAGCUACUGCCACUGUACCCAACAAACUCAACACAAGUAGCAGCACAGCACUGAUACAGGAUAUAGAGCGAGGAAACCAUGGCUGUGAAGGCCACACAGAGACAGAGCCGCCACCACCACUGAAGACCCGCUCUGUGCUCAAGGAUAAUGAUGUCCUUCUGCCCUGUGACCGACCAUCCAACUUGGCCCGGGCCUUGUGGCUGAUCAACGGGACUGUGGGCCUCAGAGAUGGGCAGAAUGGCUACCGUGUGGGCGUGGAUGGACUGCUGGUGAUAGACACACAGCCCCGGCACAGUGGCAAGUAUGACUGCUAUGCUGAAGAGAAUGGCCUCCGCAACCUGAUGAUAUCCUACAACCUCACGGUGCAGCAGCCUUCUGCCAGAACUGCACAAGUCCCUGCUACAGGUUCAAAAGCUCCUGCAUCAGCUCCACAAGCCCCUGCCAUGCCUGGGGUACAACUGGCACCCGACGUGAGAUUGUUCUAUGUGCUUGCCAUUGCUGCACUUGGUGGCCUCUGCCUUAUCCUGGCUUCCUCCCUCCUCUAUGUGGCCUGUCUACGGGGAGGCAGAGGAGGUAAUCGGCGAAAAUACUCUCUGGGUCGAGCUGGCCGGGCAGGGGGUUCCGCUGUGCAGCUGCAGACAGUCUCAGGCCAGUGUCCCGGAGAGGAAGAUGAGGGUGAUGAUGGGGAGGGGACUGGGGGCAUAGAAGGCAGUUGUCUCCAAAUCAUUCCUGGGGAGGGAGCCCCAGCACCUCCACCCCCUCCACCGCCGCCGCCACCUGCUGAGCUGACUAAUGGGCUGGUAGCUCUGCCCAGCCGGCUGCGCAGAAUGAAUGGGAACAGCUAUGUGCUCCUGAGGCAAAGCAACAAUGGAGUACCAGCAGGGCCCUGUUCCUUUGCUGAGGAGCUCAGCCGCAUCCUGGAGAAGAGGAAGCACACACACCUCGUAGAAAACCUGGACGAGAGCUCUGUCUGAGCCCAACCGCCCGGGAACAAAAAACCCUCUUCUAAACCAGCCUAUCUGUCCCAGGCUGGGCUGUUGCUAACCCAACAGUCACCUUCCCUCCUCGUGCCCCAUUCCAAGCACUUCUCCCAAUUUUUUGAUGUCCCUGUAGGGCUAGCCAGUCCAGCCCAGCCAAAGCCCCCUCCUCAGCCUUCAGAGACCCACCUAUGAGCAGCCCAGGCCAACCGGUGCUCCUCAGAGGGCUCUGCAGGUCCAGAUGGCCUCAAUUUCACCACUAUCUGUAUGGCCCAGAAACCAGAAAGAUCUCUGCCAGCCACCUGAGCCCUGCGUACAUCCCCACGUACAAGUGAAAGGUCUAUUGGCUGGGCUGCAGCACCCCCUCCCAAACCCCCAAUUCUUGUGUUUCAUUCCUUUUUCUGGACUUUGGGUACCAUUUUCCUAUUGCCACAUCCCAUCCUAUCUAGUCCCUUAGACCCAGCCCUAUGUGGUCUUUGGCAAAGAGCUUGGGAAAGGCCAGCUGAGGGAGGCCAGACUGCACCAUUCUUCCUUUAUAGGCAGCCCUUGUAAAUCAGCCUCCCCAAGCCUCUUGGUCACUCUUGAGUAGCAAGACAGCUCCAGGCAUGCCCCUUCCUCACAGGCGUGCACACAUUUUCUCUCUCAUGCACCUUCUGAGCCUCCUUUGCGGUCUUCACGUUUGACCCCUGGACAUUUUAGAGGGACAGCCCUCUUCGAUUUAGCUGUCCUUGCAGACACUUGAGGACGGAUGACCAAUUCUGCACUCAAUGAGCCAGCCUCCCUUUUGGGAACCACGCAUUUGCUACCCCUAACAAGAGCAGAGGGAGACCUGAUGUCUACCUGGCACAUGAAGCCCGUUCUUGGAACUAUGCAAAGGGCAGAGGCUGGGAGUUUGGAUGCUUGGCUCCCACCCCUGUCCUACCUCACCGGGGCACUUUCAGGGUCCAAGGGCCUCUGAAGCUUCCAGGCCCUUAAGGGACAAUCAAAUCCUGACUGAGCUCCCCAUUUCCCUUGGGUGAGGAUGACUGUUAUUUUUGUAGCUGAGAACGUGGACUCCCACGGAUUUUUACUGCCCUUCACCCUUCCUCUCCCAUAUAAUGAAUGUAUUUAUUGUGAAGAAAGUGACCCUUCUUUAGAAAAGCCCAGUGGGCAGAACAGGCACGUGCCUGAGUGGGGAGCUCUGGCUCCACUUAUCCCAACUCUCCUAACCCGUUGGUUAAUAAAUAUCCUCUUUCUCCCACA